GUUGUUGGGGUUUGUUUGGCUUGGUUUGGGUUUUUUUGGUUGGUUUGGUGCUUGGGUUUUUUUUCACAAUUGCCUUUAUGAGUUUCUCUCCACAUCAGGAAAUCUGAAAAAAUGGGAUUUUUACUUCUCCCCAGGUAUACUCACUUGACAAUCUUAAUGAUCCAUCUCUCCUCAGGGCACAAUUAGAGGUGUUACUUAGAAGGAGCUUUAAAAGGGUUGUUGAGCACGGCCUCUUGGCUGGGUUGCUCUAGGACCCAGAGCGACUGGGACUCACAGAAAUCUUCACCUGAAUGAAUUUUCCUCUCAUGCCUUAUAAGGAGUCCAGGAAAACAAGGAAGUGAUAGCCACGUUCACGUUACUGUGUGCACAGCUUGUCCUCUUUACCUGCCCAGGUAGCCCUUGUUUUCACUUUUGUUCAUGGUCCGUCCCGCCGGGGUUGGAGUUUCCUCGCACUCCGGCCCAGCACUGAAAACGAAUGGGGAUUGAAUUGCUUUGCCUCUGUUUCCUAUUUCUGCAAAGAAAUAACUAUGUGCAAGGGACCUGUUCUCAGGAAAGCGCAGUGACUUGUGAAGAUUGUUUGCUUUCCGGACCACACUGCGCUUGGUGUUCGCAAGAGAAUUACACAGACUCGUCUGGAAUUCAUGGGAGGUGUGAUACCCUGGAAAAUCUUUUGUCCAAAGGAUGCCAGUUGAACUGGAUUGAGUUUCCCAUUUCAGAAGUAGAAAUUCACAGAAAUUAUCCCCUAACGGGGGGAUCAUCUGUAUCAUCCCAGAGGAACAGUUCUGAAGUCACACAGAUUUCUCCCCAAAAAUUAACUCUGAGGCUGCGACCAGGACAUGAAGAAACAAUACAGAUCAAGGUUCGCCAGACUGAGGAUUAUCCCAUUGAUCUCUACUACCUCAUGGACCUUUCAGCUUCCAUGGAUGAUGACCUGAAUACAAUCAAAGAGCUGGGUUCAACUCUUUCCAAAGAGAUGUCAAAACUGACAAGCAACUUUAGACUGGGGUUUGGAUCUUUUGUUGAAAAACCAGUUUCACCAUUUAUCAAAACUACAGCUGCAGAAAUAAACAACCCUUGCAGGAGUGUACCAUACGAGUGCUUACCCACCUUUGGAUAUAAAAACGUUUUGCCACUAACAAAUGAUGCUGAAAAAUUCAAUGAAAUUGUGAAAGGACAGCGAAUUUCUGCUAACAUAGACACCCCAGAGGGAGGAUUUGAUGCAAUUAUGCAGGCAGCUGUUUGCAAGGAAAAAAUUGGAUGGAGGAAUGACUCUCUACAUUUGCUGGUGUUUGUGAGCGAUGCUGAUUCCCAUUUUGGGAUGGACAGUAAAUUGGCAGGGAUUGUUAUUCCUAAUGAUGGGAACUGUCAUUUGGACCACAAUAAUGAAUAUUCCAUGUCAACUGUUCUGGAGUAUCCCACAAUUGGACAAUUAAUUGACAAACUUGUGCAAAACAAUGUUCUAUUAAUUUUUGCUGUAACAAAUGAGCAAGUUCCCAUAUAUGAGAAUUAUGCAAAGCUUAUUCCCGGUGCUACCGUUGGACGACUACAGAAGGAUUCUGGAAAUAUUCUCCAGCUGAUCAUUGCUGCAUAUCAGGAGCUGAGGUCUGAGGUUGAAUUGGAGAUCCUGGGAGAGACAGAAGGGCUCAAUCUCUCCUUCACGGCCAUCUGUAACAAUGGGACCUUUUUCCCACAUCAGAGGAAAUGCUCUCAUGUGAAAGUGGGAGAUACAGUCUCUUUCAAUGUGACUGUAAGUCUCUCUUCUUGUGAAAAAAGCAGAAAGCUUAUCAAGAUAAAACCUGUGGGGCUCAGUGACGUGCUGGAGAUGGAAAUUCAUCCCCUGUGCAGCUGCAGCUGUCAGGCCGAGGCGGAGGAGCAGAGCCCCAAGUGCAGCCAAGGGAAAGGCUCGCUGGAGUGCGGCGUGUGCGUGUGCAGCCCGGGCUUCGUGGGGCCGCGCUGCGAGUGCCACGAGAGCUCCCUGGGUGCCAGCUCCUGCCGGGGCCCGGCCGAGCACAGCUCCUGCAGCGGCAGAGGCGACUGCCUCUGCGGCCAGUGCCUGUGCCACCCGUCCCCCUACGGAAAGGUCUACGGGCCCCGCUGCGAGUGCAAUGACUUCUCCUGCCCCAGGCACAGAGGGCUGCAGUGCACAGGCAAUGGUGAUUGUGACUGUGGGGAAUGCAAGUGCCACAGUGGAUGGACUGGUGAAUACUGUAAUUGCACAACUGAUACCAGCACCUGCCUUGCUGAGGAUGGGACACUGUGCAGUGGGAGAGGUGAAUGCAUCUGUGGCACAUGUGCUUGCACCCAUCCAGGGGCUUCGGGCCAAAUGUGUGAGAAAUGCCCUCUCUGCGGUGACCCCUGCAGUUCCAGACGGAGCUGUGUGGAAUGUCACUUGGCUUCCGAUGACAAGUCACUGGGAGAUUGCAGUGAGAAAUGCAAAUUGGUUGAUGCAACUGUCAGCAUGGCAAUGGAUUAUUCAGAGGAUAAAUCCAUUUCCUGCUCUUUGCAGGGGGAAAAUGAAUGUAUAACCACAUUUCUACUGGCUGUGGAUGAACAAGGAAGGACAGUCAUUCACAGCAUAGAACGGAAAGAUUGUGCACAGCAUCCAAAUAUCCCAAUGAUAGUGGUGGGUGUCACCCUUGCCAUCCUUCUCAUUGGCAUUGUUUUACUUUGUAUAUGGAAACUACUGGUGUCAGUUCAAGACCGAAAAGAGGUGGCCAAGUUUGAAGCAGAAAAAUCAAAAGUUAAAUGGCAAACGGAAACAAAUCCACUGUACAGAGGCUCAACAACCACUUUUAAAAAUGUGACUUAUAAGAACCAAGAUAAGCAUAAAAGGCCCAUGGCUACAGAUUUCUAUUAGCACCUCCAACACUACAAACUUAGUUUUACUGACAGGAAAUCUAACCCAAAACUUCUUUCUUCUCAGCUGAUUACAUGAUAUUUGUUUGCAAGUUGUGGUGGUAUAACCAUUCUGUUAGGGAGUAUAUAUCUUGUGUUGGGACAAAUAAAGAUAACAUAUUAGUAGUAAAGGUUAGUAGAAAUAUUUUUUUAAAUGAUCCUUUAUUGUUAAAGCCCCCAUCUUAAAAAAAAUGUCACCACAAAUAACUUUAAUUUUGUCUUUAAUACUGAGGAUUAUAAAUUAUCAUGUAAGCUUAUUUUUUGUUAAAUUAGAUAUAUACAAUGAACUUUAUACUAGUUUGUUCAUACACACAAUCCCAUAAAUUAGUGUUUAGGAAUGUAUUUGUAUCAGUCUAUUUGAUGAGCUGGUUUAAACUUAGAAUUUUUUUUUUUCAUGAAUGCAGUUUAAACCACUGAGGAUUGAGCUUUCUCAUAAUCAUCUGUGUGACUGAAUAGUUUCUCACUAGAAAAAAAGUAGUGAUAUUGCCUGUCUUCGGUAAAUGUAAGUUAUCCAGAAACAUUUGUUCUCUGAUAAUGUUCUUAAAGGACCUAGGCACUGAGAUUAUCUCAGGAAAAGUUAAAUCAAGCCAAACAAGCCUUAUUCACUUGCAGUUGUUUUCUGUUCCAGGCAGACUGCUUUUUUUGUUUGUUUUUUUCUUUUAAAUUCUAGUAAAAAGGACACAGAGAAAAAGGUAAAUAUUUGUAAAUUAGAGACCCCAGUAGACACACUUUUAAACCAGAGGAUUAGCAGAACUCCAUUUCACCAUUUACAUCCUGUAAAUGAUUUGGGUACUCACAAUACACCUCCCAUGCUGGACCAUCACAAAGGUGGCUCAGGAGCCCUUUACAUGCAGAAAUGUUUACAUAAAAGUUUUAUUGUCACACACAAAGACAGUACUCUUUUGUUGAUAUGGCCAAAAAUUGAGAGGUUCUUUCAAAACCCAGCAGCCAAACUGCUUAUUCUUGUGUGUAAUAACUUAUACAGCACUUUGGGGCUGGUUUGUUUGGUGUUGGGUUUGGUUUGGUUUUUUUCCCCAAACUAAACAACAAACAGAUUUAUGACUUUCACUUCACAUUCAUUUCUAUUAUGUUAAUGAGGAAUUUUAAAUCUCCAUUUUUGCUAAUUAUAAAUGACUCGCCAUAAAUUUUUGAAUCGUAAUCUGUUAGCAUGCAUAGCACUGCAUAAAGUAAUUAUAAAAGUAGCUAACAUGCUGGCAUAGAAAAAUUACAACAUUGGGCUGUUUUAAGGUAAUAAUAAUGAACUUUACAUUUUAAUAUCACUUUUCAGCUGCAUUUGUUGCUACUCUGAAAUGGAUGUUCAAAAUGUACAUAUGAAGGUACUUAGAAAAGAAGACUUAGAAAUCAAAGGUACUUUGACACUGUUACAAAUGAUCAUGUACAUUCCCUGAGGUAAAUAGGGAAUUUGACCUGAAAAUGUAUUUAUCUGAAAAAGUUGAUGUCCAUUUUGUAAUAAAUAUUUACCAAGCCUGUGCACCUUCAGUCUCCAUAUCCUCCACAAUUCCUGGGAUUGAGACUGGGAAAUUAGCUAGCUCUGACCCAUGCCUGUUUUAGGGCCUGAUCCAAAGCCUGCUGGAGUCAAUGGCUACAGAUGUGGAUCUAGUUUCAGUGAAACUAUUAGUUUUCGUUUACAAAGAUUGUUUUGUUUAAACAAACAGGUUCAUACUGUCUAUUAGUGAAUUAGAACCUAUGGUACAUAUAUCUGUGCAAAGAGAAAUAGUUUCAGAUGCCUUUGGAAAGAUGGUGAUGCCAGAACCAUGCCUUGGGUACAAAAUGACAGCAGUGUGACGAAGUGAUGGCCGCAAUGAAACUGGAAGGGAUUCGUGUCUGUGCUCUGGUACCCCUGCUCCUCUCACAGUGGAAACUGCACAGAUAAAGGCUCACAUCUGUGGCCCUUCCAGCCACUAGGCUCCCACAGAUGUCAGUGCAAGUUACAUGUGGGACCAAAUCCCAUUUCCCUGGCACAUGGAUAAACUCACAGAGCCAAAGCUGACCCCUGAAUCUGCUCAGAUUCCACUUGGAUGGGAUUGCCUAAGGGACUAGGGAAAUCUGGAUUUCACCCAUGUAGGUUAUCUGUUACUCUUUGUUUCUCACUUACUUUUCAAGUAAUAAAAAUCUAUACUGUUUACUAAAUACCUUUUAUGUUCUGUUUCUGAGAUCUCAUUUUGCUGCUCAGUAUUAGGGUUGAAAGCCUUUCUCCUCUAGGCCACCCAUUUCAAUAUCCCAAUGUAUCUCAGCCUCCAAAUGUUAAUUACAAAGUGGUGUUUGCAUUUCAUAUCAAAUGCUUGGUGCUCUACAUUCCGUGUUUCUACAGGAGAUCUCAUUUCACAAACCUUCCCACCCUCUUCCCAUCACUUGUGUCUUCUGAUCGUCAGCAGAGAUCUAAUUUGUUUGCAGUCCAAUAGCUCCUCCUAACAAUCUCUCUCCAAAUUAUCAAAGAUGUACAGGAGCAAGGCAGGAUGAUUUGCAAUCUCCCUGCUGUAACUGACUGUACUAUAAAUUUUCUAUGCACCUUCCAAUUUGUCAGGAUGAAAAUCACUCAAAAAAUCAAGAAUUUAUCAGAAGAGAGAAAAUAGAAGGACUUGGUGAGGAAGUUCUCUAUUAUUGAGGGAUAUUAAAUAACUGGACUCAUACAUAUGAGCCAUCCUUUAACAGCAUUAAUUUAGAUAACAAUUUUUGACUAAACUCCCAGAUUUCAAGAACUUUGAAGAUUUCACUUGACAUUCACUCUAGAAAUAAGUGGUAUUCAUCCCUUUAUGUUAGCUAUAUAAUUUUCAUAUUGUAGAAUUUGUAUUAAAGUUCAUACUUUUCUCUUUUUACAUUUUUUUCUCCACCAAGCUAUAAGUGAGUUUGUGUGUGGUAAGUGGGAUGAAAAAGUCUUUCUGCUGUUUUCACAAACACUGUUUUGACCUGAGGCUGGACCUUGAGAGUGGCCAACACAUUUUUAGUAGUAAUACUUCUAUUCACUAAUGAGUUAAAUUGAAUAGAAGAAUAAUCUUUAGCAAUUUUAUGGUAUUUGUAUGUCCCAUACACCCUAUAGAAUAGUAAUUUCAUUAAUGUAUGUUAAAUGGAUAAUUUUUCAUUUGAUUUAUAAAGGUGCGUGUUAAAUUUGUAUUGUAAAUGUCCAGAUUGCAUUCAAGUUUGUUUUGUAAUGUAACUACUGAGUAAUGAGUUGGGAUACAAGAUUUGGGUGUCAAGUGCAAUACUCUCCAUGCCUCAUCUGCCUUUAUGUAGAAGUUAAAGUUUGUUUUGCAGUGUGUAUAAUGAAGUUAUUGCCCCUAAACUUAUCACAAACAAUCUAAAUAUAAAAAGAAGAGACAAUUUUUAGCUUCAUCUAUUGAAAGAAACCAGUAAAUCAUUCAACUUGUUUGUGUAAAAAAAGAGUUAUUUGACCUUGAAUAAAUAUUGUAAAAUU